AUGUCGCUUCGCGCCCAAGGCCACGAGAACAUCAUUACUGCAGCACGAAAAAGGCUCUACGGUCAGAAUCGGUGGUGGGUCGUCGAUGUGUAUGUGGAGGAUCGCAGCGAGCAAUCCGACACACAGUCACUCCACUCGCGCCUCGUUCGUUCUCUUCGGGAGCAUUUUCCAAACCAGCGCCAGCCCCCUGACGGUCUGAUUUACGAAAGACUUCGGUUCUAUGAAGGGCAUCUGGGUAGCCCACCUGACCACGAUGCGGCCAGCGCAUGGUGGGCCAUCCUGCAGCAUAACCCGAAGAGUAAGAAGCACAAGUACCUCAAGGCCUUCUUCCGACAUGGAAGCUUUCCCCAGGCCUUCGAUGCACUUCUGCCUAUCCCGGGGCUCUGGGCAAGGAUGCAAAUAGGGGUGCUUCACAGCCUGAUCGCGCUGCGAUGCGAUGAGGUACGCAACUCAGAGCAACAACAAAGAAAAGGGCCUUCUAACAGUGGUAUUAUCACUCUGCAGCCGGUUCUGUUCUAUCUUCAGGGGAUUCGUCGCAUGUGGGUUGAACGCAUAUUUGGCGGAAACGUCACCCUUGCCGUCCAUGCCGAUGUUGAGACCGUCCAGGCUUUGGAAUCUCGGGUUCCAAAAGUUUCGGACGAAGAUUUGGGAUUCUUGGAAGGCAAGAUGGUCAAACAGACAUUAUUUCCGUCGAUCGAAGAUCCCAAGACUCGAGAGGACAUUUGGCAGCGACUGCAGUUGAUCGAUGCUCCUAUUCUGACCCUGCGGACCUUUUUCCAGGAUAUCCGUUUUUUAGGUGUUGCCCGCAAGGUAAUGCAGACACUGCUUCUGCCGUUGGGCCCAUGGGAGUCGAAGAACAAGGCCACCAUCGAUGAGGAACUGGGCGGCCACUAUCGGAUGGCCGAGACUGCGUC